GGAGACUGGCGCGGGCGGGCAGAAGAUGGCGGAGGGCGAGGUUUGGAUAUCUCCUAAUUGAAGAGACUCAAAAUACUGAUUACAAGUGACUCCUCCUCAGUCAGCCUGCUGGAUGCCUCUAAGAAGAUAAGAAGUCAUGGCAGAAAAUGAUGCAACGCCAACCUUACCAAAAAAGUGUGGUCCAUACAUUUCUUCAGUAACCAGUCAUGGCAUGAAUUUGGUAAUUCGUGGAGUAGUCCUGUUUUUUAUUGGUGUAUUCCUUGCAUUAGUAUUAAACUUGCUUCAGAUCCAGAGAAACGUUACCCUCUUCCCCCCUGACGUCAUCACAAGCAUCUUCUCCUCAGCUUGGUGGGUACCACCUUGCUGUGGCACAGCCUCAGCUGUGAUUGGGCUAUUGUACCCGUGCAUGGACAGACAUCUUGGAGAACCACAUAAAUUUAAGAGAGAAUGGUCCAGUGUAAUGCGAUGCGUAGCAGUCUUUGUGGGUAUAAAUCAUGCCAGUGCUAAAGUGGACUUUGCCAACAACAUCCAGUUAUCUCUCACAUUAGCAGCCCUAUCAAUUGGGCUGUGGUGGACAUUUGAUAGAUCACGAAGUGGCUUUGGCCUUGGCAUAGGAAUUGCUUUCCUAGCUACGUUGGUAUCACAGCUUCUGGUCUACAAUGGAGUUUAUCAAUACACAUCUCCAGAUUUCCUUUAUGUUCGUUCCUGGCUGCCGUGUAUAUUUUUUGCUGGUGGAAUAACUAUGGGCAAUAUUGGCAGRCAACUGGCAAUGUAUGAAUGCAAAGUCAUAGCAGAGAAGUCUCAUGAAGACUGAGGAGAAACAACUUGCACCUUCUAAAGAGGAAAAUAUCUGACAAAUGACUGUUGGAAGAGCAUAAGGAACACUUGACUCUGAAAUUGCCAAAAUGCAAUUUUUGUCCCCUUGAAUAGUAUAUACUUUACUGCAAUCUGUGAUUGCUGCUUCUAUAGAAACCUUGGUGUCUGAUUUUUGAUUACUGUGAAGUUACACUAGUAUGCAAUACAUUUGACAUUACUGGUUUGGUUAUAGGAUAUUUUUUUCCAAAGCUAAACUGAGUUUACCAUAAAUUCUGAUCUGUUCAUAAUGUUGCAGUGCCAAACUGACCUUUGCACUACACUUCUGUAGCUGAAACUUCUGCUUCACUUUAUCUUGAAAACUUUGAAGAAUUUGUUCUUUAAUUCAGUGAAAGACAGGGAAUUCAGAUUGAGGAAUGAAGAUCUUUACUUGAUGAUAGUAAUAUCCUUAUUAAAUUCUUGGAUUACAGUGAGCCUUGCUGCAAUAAGUAACUGAUUUCUGCCUACUAACUUGCUGUAUCGUCCUUCCUGAUCCGUCAUAGGUGAGGAAACUUAAUMUGGAUUGUAUGGGACAGUACCAUACCAUUUCUAUUGUCUAUGUUGUGUGCCCACUAUGACAUAUCACAGAAUCCAGAAGUGGAAACCUUGUUUUUGUUGAUUCUUUUCCCCUAGCACACUCAGUGUACACAGCUUGGGUAUGAUUUACAUGGACUGUCAUCAGGCUGGCGCAGAUUCUGCGGGUGCUUGCUGUGUUCAGUAAUGGGAUGCAAUCAGGUCAUGCUUCUACAGUCCCUUAAGCCUCCUUGUGUUGGUCCCUUCAAACAGGAAAAAAAGAACCUUUGGCAGUUGUUAUUAUGUAAAACUAAACAGCGACUACCAUUUACUGUCAUAAAACUGCUCUUCACCAAUGUUAAUUUUGAUAGUCCUGUUCACAGUGCUUGGCAGAAGGAGUCAAGGCUGUAUUUUAGGUACUGAUGUGGCUCUUGUUGCUGUGGCCAUGGUCCAGGCGCUCAUCUGUGCAUUUCUCAUGGCAGCUCUGC